CAUUUUUUAAUUUAUUUAACCUUCAAUAGAAUGCUGCAAUGCAUAUCCUAAGAAAUGGCAUUCCAACUUUAAUGUCAAAGCUCAGGCCCAAGCUCAUAGUUAUAGAUUCUGUUGCAUCACUCCUACGUUCAGAUCUUGAAUCUAUAAAUGAAAGGACUACUAAAAUCCAAGAAAUUGGAGCUGAGAUAUGGAAAUUAGCUAAUGUAUUUGGAUUAGCAGUCAUUUGUGUUAAUCAAGUGUCUGGCCAGUUUAAAAAGAAUGAAACUUCUCAAGCUUCUUACAUAACUGAUGUACCAUCAUUGGGACUACUUUGGUCAAACAUCCUAACUACAAGAAUGAAGAUUUCUAAAAAAGUAUCUCAGACUGGACCAGCAACCAGAACUUUAGAAUGUGUUUACUCUUCAUACAUUCCAAAUAUAUCUUUAGACUUCUUUAUAUCUGAAAAAGGAAUAAGUUUUGUGGCCAGAUUAAAGAGGGGUUACUAAUGCUGGAGCCCCAGACCCUAUAUUUUUUAGGGACCUCUAAAGUUUAUGAAGGUAAAAUUAAUUUUUCAGAUUUUCUAAAACAAUUACUAGAUAUUUUUACUCAUAAUGCCUUACAAUUUUCCUUUAGAAUCAUUGAAAUUUUCAUGUAUUUUUAAUUGUAAAAUUCGGGAAAUAAAUUAUAUCUUUGCCUCUCA